CGUGUAUUUUAGGGCGGCUACGUAGGCUUGUUUGGAGGCCCUUUGUUUAAUUAGCAAUGUCUGGACGCGGUAAGCAAGGUGGUAAGGCUCGCGCUAAAGCGAAAUCUCGUUCGUCGAGGGCCGGGCUCCAGUUCCCCGUGGGCCGCGUGCACCGGCUGCUCCGUAAGGGCAACUACGCCGAGCGGGUCGGGGCCGGCGCGCCCGUGUACCUGGCGGCCGUGCUGGAGUACCUGACGGCCGAGAUCCUGGAGCUGGCGGGCAACGCGGCCCGCGACAACAAGAAGACGCGCAUCAUCCCGCGCCACCUGCAGCUGGCCAUCCGCAACGACGAGGAGCUCAACAAGCUGCUGGGCAAGGUCACCAUCGCGCAGGGCGGUGUCCUGCCCAACAUCCAGGCCGUGCUGCUGCCCAAGAAGACCGAGAGCCACCACAAGGCCAAGGGCAAGUGAUUUGACUGACACCUGUUUUCGGAAACGCUUUAAAACCCAAAGGCUCUUUUCAGAGCCCCCCCACCACCUCAAAGGAAGAGCUAUCACUUCAGGUUUAAAAGAAAAAGACAAAGCUGUUCCGGGAAGGAUGCAAGUGUGCCAAGUCAGCUUCAGACUCUGUUACGUGUUGUUUGUCUGUCAGUCGGAGUGCAAACCUUUACCACAUUCGUCAACUCUCACGGACGCCAGGCUGUGGCAGGUGUCAAACGCUUGUCACUGCGGAGAUGCCUGAAGCCCCGUGUCUGCCAGACUCAUCAGUGCUCAGAAACAAGUAGAUGGAUGACAUCCAAGUUCUAACAUCACUGACUGACUGUGCACCUGCACAUUUUUCCUCUUGAAAACUUCCUCCGGUCUAAUUACUUUGUGUACCUGUGUGCCGUGGGGAUAAGGAGAGUAAAGAGGAGAGAAAGUAAUUACUGAGUGGAAGCAGCACUCUCUCAUCCAAAAAUGUCUAAUUUUUUGAAUGAGCAAAUGCAUUCGGAGGGUUCAAACAAAUCCAAGGAACAAGGUGUGCAUGCAGAACGCCCUCUUCCACUGGACUAGCACAUCAGCAUUGCUAAUUCAUGCAGCUGUGAGACAAGAAAGAGUGCGUUCCCCACCCCCCCUGCACUCAGUCUGUCUUGAAGAGCUUUCCAGACUAAGCAGGGAGCUCCCUUCCUGUACGCCUAGCUCCUAGCUCCGUGGCGUACUGUGUGGCUGCCGUUUGUGUCACCUGCCUCCUGUUGGCAGGCACUGGAGCCAACUCUGGAAUGAUAAGCCCUGAUUUACAGCCCAUUGAAAGUGUUCUCAUAUUCUGCUGCGAUGGUGGAAAGAGAACAGAAACUGGAGUCCCUCAUGGGUUGGACUCAAGUUUCUGCCCCUUAUAAACUAUGUGGCUUCAGCCAAGGUAGUAAUGUUGGACCUCCGUUUCCUCCUCUGGGAAAUGCGGGUAAUACAGAAUGAAAAAAAAAAAAAAAAGAUCACGCGUCUGAAUUGCUUGGAGCUGUGAAGAACAGCACAAAUAAAGUUAGUUGAUUGUCA